CUCCUCUUGCAGGCUCAGCCAUGGGGAAGCACAACAGCAAGCUGGCGCCGGAGAUGCUGGAUGACCUGGUGCGGAGCACGGAGUUCAGCGAGCAGGAGCUGAAGCAGUGGUACAAGGGCUUCCUCAAGGACUGUCCCACCGGCAUCCUCAACCUGGAGGAGUUCCAGCAGCUCUACAUCAAGUUCUUCCCCUACGGAGACGCUUCUAAGUUCGCCCAGCACGCUUUCCGCACCUUCGACAAGAACGGUGACGGCACCAUUGACUUCCGCGAGUUCAUCUGUGCCCUGUCUGUCACCUCCAGGGGGACCUUUGAGCAGAAACUCAACUGGGCCUUUGAGAUGUAUGACCUGGAUGGAGACGGGAAGAUCACGCGCUUGGAGAUGCUGGAGAUCAUUGAGGCCAUCUACAAGAUGGUGGGGACCGUGAUCAUGAUGAGGAUGAACCAGGACGGGCUGACCCCCCAGCAGCGUGUUGACAAGAUCUUCACCAAGAUGGACAAGGACAAAGAUGACCAGAUCUCCCUGGAGGAGUUCAAGGAAGCAGCGAAGAGCGAUCCCUCCAUCGUCCUCCUCCUGCAGUGCGACAUGCAGAAAUAGAG